AUGUCCGACGCCGCCUCGCAGGCCGGUUCCGCCAAUGGCGCCACCCAAGAGCAGCAGAACCGUGACGAGCAUGUCGCUCGUGCAAAGGAAGCCGGAUGGACAAACACCGACUUCUCCGGCACCGACCAGUACUUCGGCGAUGCCGCUCGCUACGAGUGGCGCGACGAGUAUGGAGAUGUUGCGCCUCGAGUGCCAGAGCUCGAGGCCAUUCUCUUCGGUCAAGACAUCACUGCUCGCGAGGGUGAUCACAUGGAGAACAUGAUCAUUCCGGUCACGAUGGAGGGUCCCACUCGCAUCAAGCCCAUCAACUCGUUCGAGGAUGCUGGCAUGCAUCCAGUGAUCUUGGAGAACAUCAAGCUUGCUGGCUACGAGCGUCCCACACCCAUCCAGUGCUACGCCAUUCCCGCAGCACUCAUGGGCCACGACGUUAUUGCCAUUUCUCAGACCGGCUCGGGCAAGACCCUCGCAUACCUCAUCCCUGUUCUGAGCCCUCUCAUGGGUAAAGGCAAGAAGCUGCGCGGUCCUCGCCCGGACCUCUCGCUCGGCUAUAACCCUCGCAACGCCGUUCGCGCUGAGCCGCUCGUCAUCAUCGUCGUUCCCACUCGCGAGCUUGCCAUCCAGAUCUUCGAUGACUGCCGUCGCCUGUGCUACCGUUCCAUGCUUCGCCCUUGCGUCGCCUACGGCGGAUACCCAAUGAAGUCUCAGAUCGAGGAUCUUGGCAAAGGCUGCGACAUCCUCAUCGCCACUCCCGGUCGCCUCGUUGCUCUCAUGGGCAAGCCAGAGGUUCUCACCAUGUCUCGUGUCAAGUACACCAUCAUCGACGAGGCCGACGAGAUGCUCGACAACGACUGGGAUGAAGAGAUGAAGAUCAUCAUGACUGGUGGUGACUCCAACGAAGACGCCGACCACAUCUAUAUGAUGUUCUCCGCCACCUUCAACAAGGCUGCUCGCUCCAUCGCGAAGGAGUACAUGGCCGAAGACUCCGUUCGCAUUCGCGUCGGCCGUCCUGGUCAGUCGCACAAGAACAUCAGCCAGCAUGUCGUCUUCGUCGAUGGCGGCAAGAAGCGCGAUGCUUGCCUCGACUUCUUGAUGAACAUCGAGGAGAAGGGCCGCACCCUUAUCUUCUGCAACUCCAAGCCUGGUGUUGACCUUCUCGACGACUUCCUCUUCAACAAGGGCGGUCUUCCGGUCACCUCAAUUCACAGCGAUCGUCCUCAGAUCGAGCGUGAGGAUUCCAUUCGCGCUUUCCGCAAAGGUGCAUGCCCCAUCCUCGUCGCCACCGGCGUCUCCGCUCGCGGACUUGACAUCAAGGAUAUCAAGUACGUGAUCAACUACGACCUCCCAUCCGCAGACUACGGCGGCAUCAAGGAGUACGUGCACCGCAUCGGGCGCACUGGUCGGAUCGGCAACAAGGGCCUUGCUACAUCCUUCUACACCGAGCGCGAUGAGGGCAUUGCCCAGGAUCUUGUCAACGUCUUGGUCGAGUGCGAGUGCGAGGUUCCGGAGUUCCUCUCUCACCUUCAGCCGCAGGAGGGCGAGGCCGUGGACUGGGAUGACAACAGCGAGGACGAGGAGGCUGCUGAGGAGGGUGAUGGUGCUGCUGAGGGCACCGCUGAGGCUGAGGAUGGCUGGUAG